UCAUUGUCGUCGUCGUUGCCUUGUCUUGAUAAUCGUGUUCAUCGUCGUGUUGGUCGCCCUCGCCGUCGCCGUCGCCGUCGUUGUUCUGAUUGUGCUGGAUUGGAUUGGUGUUCGUUCUCGUUGAACUAGGAGGGAUCGACCGAUAGAUAGACACUCGACUCGACAACGGAUUAGGACGGAUCAUAACAUCACCAGCUCAUCAUCAGCCCGGGACCACGAAGGCCGCCAGCCACACCAUCACGGAGCUAGCCAGCCAGAGAGCUAGAUAGCCAGUCCCCUAGCCCCCCCCCCCUCCUUUCCCAUCAUCAUCAUUAUCGUCAUUAUCAUCAUUACAGUCAUUAUCCUCAUCAGCCAUCCAAUCAUCGCGGAGCUCGAUCUUAGUCAGAUCUCAAAUCUCGCGUCCAUCCACCUAUCUUACGUUCUAUCGUUCCUUCGUUCUUUAGUUCGUCCGUUUGUGCUUGUGGGAUCAGUGAUCAUUGGCCAGGUUCCGCGCCUUUCGCUCGCCUCCGGAUUGUUUCCCGGGUAGGGGUUAGGAAUUAUCUUGGUUGGGAGGUCAUGUCACCUGAUUCCAUCUGUGCCGGAGUCCAGUAACUGACGUGAUCCACAUUGGAAUUGAGCAUGGCGUCCAAUACACCCAGCACAACCCAUACCCCGCCCAUGGAGGCCAAAGACAGCAAUGCCGGGCCCAUCAAUAAUAAUAGUAGCAGUGGCCAUGACAAUAGUGGUACUGGUGGGGGUCCUGGCAGCCUAGCCACACCCCAUCAGGGUGAUGAGCAUUUCUGUCUCAAGUGGAACGAUUAUCAGGACAGCAUUUUCCACACCCUCCAAGAUCUCCGAGCCGAUGAAGAUUUUGUGGAUGUGACACUCGUGUGCGAUGGCACGCCGCUCCGAGCCCAUCAAUUGAUGCUCUCGGCGUGUUCGGAUUUUUUCCGCGAGAUGCUCAAAAACUUGUCGCGACAACGAAGUUUUCAGUCGCAUCCUGUGAUUGUGUUAUGGGACAUUUCGGUCGAGGAUAUGAAGAAAGUCCUCAAGUUUAUGUACAACGGCGAAGUGGAAGUGCCGCAAGCUCAUCUAAAUCUUUUCUUGAGUGUGGCCGAAAAACUGCGAGUUCGCGGUUUGUGUCAGAGUGGCGGUAAGAACACGCCUGAACCAGCCGGCUCCCACCCACCCAAGUCACCUUCAUCCUCUCCGAACUCGCCUUCACCCACCAAGUUUAACCACCACCCUCCAGAUGAGGCCCACAGCUCAAAGCGAAUCAAGAUCGAGGCUAAUUUGGGCAAUCAUAUUGAAAUCCGGCAUUGCGUGGCCUUUAAAGAAGAAUCGACGACGGGAACGGGAUCGCCCAAAGCCUCCACCUCUUUCCCCGAUCCUGGAGGUCCCGAUGACUCAUUAAGUCGCUCAGUCGGCGGUUCGGAGGCGGAUUUUUCCAUGGGAGGUGAGGACAAUGGCGAUUCCGGCCGAAUGCCGUCCCAGUUAAUGGGCAUGGCCAAUCUAGCGGGAAUGUCACCUUCGGGGAGCAUGGAUCAAGCCACUGCCAAAGAAUUCUGGCGAAGAGCCAUGGUGGGCAUGAAUAUGCCCGGAGGCUCAGCCCUCUCCAGUCCCAAUCACAGUCCAUCCACGCCUAAACCCUACACGGGAGGAUACGGUGCCUAUGGGGGAUAUGGAGAUGGGAGCUAUGAAUCUACGCGAAGACAACGCUCGGUUUAUUCCAGCCAACAAAUUGCACAACUUGAGUCCUUUUUUCAAAUGAACGAAUACAUCGAUGGAGAUCGUAAACGUCACUUAUCACAACUGACCAAUAUUCCUGAGCUUCAAAUCAAGGUUUGGUUUCAAAACCGACGGCAAAAGAAAAAACGUGAGCUCGAAGAGCUGUUCCAGCAACGAAGCAAUCGACCAUCCCGUCAAUCGAGGUACUCUUAAGAGCCCCGGCCAAGUGGUUUGCAUUGCUAACCGUUUCGCGGAAAGGAUGCCAAGUACCUACAACACACCUCUCCCUAUGACCUGUUCAGUUCAAUCAUUUGAGGAAAAAAAGCGAAGGAAAGCCAGUAUUCAACUUCUAGUCGGUUUGUUUCGCUGGCAAUUGCAAUGUCAACGAAAAUUGAUUUGUGUUUAUUGGGCAAUGCUAUUUUUCUCGAAGAUGGUGGAAUAGUAUCGAAAGAGAUCACCUGUGGACUUUGACUUUAUUGAAUAGUUAUUAUUCGUGAUACUCUACGACCCCAAAGUUCCUGAUAUGCUCGAACAAUAUUAUUUGUUGAUUCAUUUGUGUUCAGCUCAUUCACCAAAAAUAAACGAGUCGAACUCACAA